GCAAGCUUUUGAAAGCUUUUGGCAUGGUCUGUGUAUAUAAUGGCAUGGUCUGUGUAUGUAUAUAUAUACACAGACCAUGCUUUUGGUUUUGUAAGCAGUAAGACUGUAAGGAGCAAAAGUUAAAAACUUCGAUGGAGUUUCUUAUUCCAAUGAUGGAGUUUCUUAUUAAUUAUUUUUAGCAGCACAUCAUAUGAAUAUUGUUCCAUCAUCUAAAACGGAUGCGCUGCUUAUAGCUUGGAGUCACCAUCUAAAUUAAAAUCUAUUUGGCUUUUUCAUAUUGACGCGUUGCCGUUGUACCGUGGAUGAUGGAAGGAGGGAAUUUCGUGGUGUUUGUAGUCUGACAGCCUGUUUACAGUUUAAGUUUUGAUUCACCAGUGAUUCUUUUGCUUUUAACAAAAUUCUUUUGUCUGUAUCUUUUGUUUACGGCGAGAGCAUCGUUUAAUGAGCUGAGAGAUGGCUGCGUCGGACCCAUUGACGGAGCAAGCCGUUGCAUCCAUGAUUAAGAUCCUGGAUCGAUACGAAUCCUUCGUCACUCUGUUCUCUCACACGGUGAAGAAUCCAGUAAAUGAUCCUUUAAAUGAAUUGAUUGAUCGACUUCCAGGACUGUUUUUACCAACCGUGUCUCUGGAAACGCAAAAGACGAUAUUGGAUCUGCUGGUGCAGUAUAUUCUGAACCCACUGAACAACAAAAAAAUCUGCGACGCAUUGUACAAUGGCAUCCUUCAUACACUCCAGAGCGCCAGUGUCAGUCACCAGAACACUGCGGGAAAGCUGUUUCUCCUGGCUGUGCUGAACUCUCAGUUCGAGCUGAAGCAACCUGAACUGUGCAGACUGGUUGUGCCUGUUUUAAAAUCGUUGGACAUGAAAGCAGUCGGGGAAAUUCUUCGUGCUGCGGUCGAAAAAUCCCAGCGGCUCCGCGCCAAACGGAAACUUGGGGCUGAGACCGAUGCUUAUGGUUAUCUCGGAGGUUUUUUGCAGAUUAUUCUUUGCUCCAGCACUUGUCCGUCGGUUAUUUUGUUACCGGAAAUCGUAAAUACCUUGUCCACGAAAAAUUGGCGUUCUUCUGGUUUAAUAAUGCCUUCUGCGUCAUUUUUUGAGAAUUUCGAGAAAACGGUGGAGUUGGUUAAAAUUCGCGAGCGUCAGUUCUCUUUUCCUGUUGUUGGAUAUUCAUUGUAUCACAGUCCGUUAUGGGGAAUGGAUCGCACAACGCUGCAGUUUACCAUGCCUGCUAUUCAAGAAUUUGUCAGCGACAAAUUUAACCCACCACAGACGGAAUUGGUUCAAUAUUUGCUGGAACAAGCCAAUAGUCGACCAAUGUGCCAGAGUAUCCUGGGCAUAUCGAAGCAGAAUACCAUGUUGUCUUUGGGACUUGAAGGCCAGAUCGUUGCCGUUAUGGUGCGGCAUUUACAAUGCUUUGAUGAGCAGCUGUUAUACACAAACUGGAUGCACAUCUUAAACCACGUUUUAAGCGCCGUCUCGUGUAAUUACAUACGGUUCAGCUCGGUUAUGCACAAUCUGGAAGUGGCUCUGGACAGCAUUAAACUGGACGACCUCAGUACUGGCAGAUUUUACUGCAUCUGGCUGUUUUAUCAAUGGGUAGCUGCGCAGCAUAACCUGCCAGUCUCCGUAAAAGAUGUUGCAGGGAGCCUGCGUCUUAUUUUGAAAAUGUUUCCGGAAGAAGAAUAUCUUCAUGUUCCUGAGCUGUCUUCGAAAUAUGCUAUCAUCCAUUUGUCACCGGGAUAUCUGUGGGCGUAUGUUUCUCGUCGGGCAAGUUACGAAAAAUUUCCCUUACCAUGCGGAACACCACGAUGUUUGCUGGGGCAGCUGGAAUUUAUUCGCACCUGCAUUGACCGAGCAGUCUUACCUAGUGGUUUGGGAUUUCUGGAUAUUACUCUGGAACAUAUUGCCGUAGUCAACUGUUUCGUACCCAUGUCACCCACAAAAAUACCGGAAGCCAACAGAAUGGAUCACUGUGACAGAAUGAUUGCCUCGCUGACAGAAAAUUUGGUAGAUAACUCGACUUCGUCCUCCUUUGUCGAAAGACCCGAGACCAUGGCUGCCCCUGGCGGUUCUGUGGUGCUUCGCGCUACAAAGCCGCUUUCGUUGGAGCUGUUGGAUGGACUUUCGGGUCAUGCCAGGCUGUUAUUGGCCAACAGUCUGGCACCCAGUUUUACCCGCAUUAUUUCGGAUUACGCCAGCAAGCCGGAAAAGGUUUUUCUUUCAUCCGGGUUUUUGGAGACAAAUGCACGGUUAUGUGUUUACGAAGAAAAUGAACAGUCCGUUUUGGGGUGGAUGAUACGAAAACUGCCAGAAAUAGCAAUCUCAAAUCGCGCUUGGUUUGUGCUUGUUGGUCAACUCGAAUUACUAAGUUUUCGUGCUCCAUAUAUUCCAUUCAACUGGAAGCCGAUCCUGGUGGUGAUGGUUAUGAACAUUGUGCAGAGGUUUGUGACAAUGACAAACACACACAGUCAUCCCCACGCAGUACUGUAUGUGGAGCAGUUGGCAAUUAGGAUCAUUCAGAGUUUGAACAUAUAUGAUAUGCACUACAUCCGUAACUAUUUGGGGAGCGCUAACGUGAUAACUGCUCAGCAAGAAGUAGAAGAACUUCUCCGCCUCUCACUCCUGACAUCGUUCCGUUUGGCGCAAAUAUCGGGACUGGAUGCGACAACCAUGCAGUUUCUUACGAAAUACGUUGCAGAAUCUCAACAAGUUGUCGCUCACUUAUGGGGAAAUCCAGGUACGACCAAUGGAAAUACUUUUCUGUGGAACGUUUUACCGGAACCAGUGCAAAACUUGUACAAAGAUGUAAAAAUUACCCGGGAGAAACCGCAGUCACGGCGUAUGGUGGAUGAGAUGAUCAUUCGCCUGCGUGCCGCUGCGAAUGACAACGAUGUACGCACGAUUCUUAUGGGAACUCAUGGGAGUUACGUGUUGCAUAUGUACUGCAUAAUUUGGAAGCAACUGAUGGAAAACAUGGACCAGAAUAUGCCGUUCCGCUCGCCGGCCCUGAUUGCCGCUGUCCUUGAUAAGUCAGGAUACAAAGGUCAGCUGCACAUGUUACGGAUUUUUAUCGACUAUAUAAUUAUGGAGCUCACAGCCAUUCCGCCUCCGUCUCCCGAACGGAUCAGUCGGCAGCUCGAUUGCCUGCGACUGAUGAUUUGGAAACUUGGUAUCAUACCGUUUGAAAGGUUCCUCUUCAUGUUGAUCAUGCGACAUUUCGACAUGGCAAAUGAGCUCCAAAUGGCUCUUGUAAUCGUAGUGCAGCUCUGUAAAUCGACCGAUUUUCAGAGCCGCCUGAUGGAAACAGUUAAUCUGAUUCCUCCGGAUUAUUUGAAUCACGAGCAGACGUUUUUUGAAAAGGUUGUUGCUUACCAUCAGUUGUUCCCGGAAGUGUACUAUUUCAACGGUACAUACGACUACACACAGCCAGGAGUGCCGGCUAUUAACCAUGAACCUCUGCCGGUGUAUUUUUCCAAUGUUAUCCUGCGAUGCGUACCAGUUUUUAACAUUGUUAUUCACCGAUUUCUAGAGUUUCCGAAAAAUUCUUCGCAACUACAGCAUUUCGAAUCCUUUUUGGACAAUAUUGGGAAAAUAUUCCGCUACCACGACCAUCCCGUAAAUUUUAUCUGGCAGACAUUACAUUUUUAUGACCAUCAUCUAAAGGAUGUGUAUAAUGUUCGAAGAAAAUUAAUACGAACCAUUUUGGGAGCUAAGGCAGAGUACCAUAUGCCGAAUUUUUACCUGACGCGGUAUUGUGAAGCCUAUCUGACUGCGCCACAACCUGAUGCAUUUGUGUUUUCCGCCGAAUAUUACGAUUUUCUUGUAACAAGAUUGACAUUAUGCUUAUAUAGCCAUAAUUUGGAAAUUCCUUAUCAUGGUGUCGAAUGGAGAUUCCAUGAGCACCCGAGCCCUGCUGCUCACGCCCUGUACACAAGUUGCAUAGAAUUGAUGUGCAUUCCGGGGCCGUCGGAAGCGAUAACAGAAAACUUACUAAACGUUGUGCGUCGACGCUUUCCGGCAGCUGAAAAUGGAUCCAAAGAAUAUGCGAUGCAGACCUACGACCAGUUCCUGCAAUGUUUGAACUGCGUCGCCCUUAUGAUCUCCGCCUUGCCAGAACGAUUGUUUGUUGGUCUUCUUGGAUUCUUGAGGACGCUUUUGGAGGAUACGGAUCUUGUGACGGCUGGGAACGUGCUAAUGGAUAUGUUUGAUUUGAAAAAAAGCUAUUUCGACAUGAAAAAGCCGAUGCACGGCCUGUUUUUACAAAUAUUCCACGCCACCAUUCUUCACGGCGGUUCCGGUCAUUUGCUGAAAUCUUUGGAGUUUUUCCACACUGUUAUCGUCCCAUUUCUGGGUGCUGAAUGUCAGCUAAUCUAUGUUAUGAAUUUAUUUGUUCCGUUGCUGCCCAAAAUCGGUAACGAUCCGGUCAGGUUGGGCAAAUGGCUGUCGGCAAUUUUAAUACUAAUACAGCGUGUGGGAAGCCGGCAGAAUAUCGUUUUUCAGCAUGCUGCUACAUUGCGCGAUGUUUUGUAUUAUGUUAUGGAAAAUUAUGGAAAAUCUCUUGAUCUGAGAAGAGAUCAGGUUACCGAACUCCUAUCCACCGUCCAACCAGAGUAUGGGAAAUAUUUGGUAUUCCUGCAGCAGUUUGUUAAACCUGAAGGUGAUAAUUCAACAUAACAUGGUUGAAAAAUUAAGCAGCUUGACAGUUUUGUUUUUGCUCAUUAUUACUGUGAAGUAAGUAGUUAAGUAUGUGUUCAUUUUUCGCAUUUAUAAAUAAACUGCUAGUUUAUCAUAGUGUUUUUUACUUUACGUUUGAAUGUUGGGAAUUGUGUCCACUUAUUUCAAAUUGUUUUGAAGUAUAAAUCAACAGGUGUUGUUUUAAGUGUCCUCAGUAUUCAGAAUAAAUCUGUGUG